AUGACAGACAUCUCAUCAAUCCUCCAGGGUGGCUACCACCACCCGCUCUCCCGCAAGUGGCAAGCUGAGCGUCAAUUGACAAAGUCCAUGCUCGUAUACCCCGUCUUCAUCACCGACAAUGACGACGAAGAAACCCUCGUUCCCUCCCUCCCAAACCAAUACCGCCGCGGCGUCAACAAACUAAUCCCCUUCCUCGCCCCCCUCGUCGCCAAAGGCCUCAGCUCCGUCAUCCUCUUCGGCGUCCCCCUCGCCCCCACCGCCAAAGACCCCACCGGCUCCAAAGCCUCCGACCCCGAUGGUCCCGUCGUGCGCUCCAUCAAAGCCAUCAAGAAGGCCUUCCCGCAGAUGUUCGUCAUGACCGACGUCUGCCUCUGCGAAUACACCUCGCACGGCCACUGCGGCAUCCUACACGAGGACGGAACCCUCAACCAGGUGGAGUCCGUGAAACGCAUUGCGCAGACCGCCGUCGACUAUGCGCUCGCGGGCGCGGACUGUGUGGCACCAAGCGACAUGAACGAUGGCCGCAUCAAGGCUAUCAAGCUGGGUCUUAUGGAGGCCAAUGUCGCGCAUAAGACUAUGGUGAUGAGCUACGCAGCAAAGUUCUCGGGCUGCCUCUAUGGCCCUUUCAGAGAUGCCGCCGGCUCCGCGCCCUCGUUCGGCGACCGCAAGUGCUACCAGCUCCCCGUCACCGGCCGCGGCCUCGCCCGCCGCGCGAUCCUCCGCGACCUCGCCGAGGGCGCCGACGCAAUCAUGGUGAAGCCUUCAUCGGCGUUCCUGGACAUCAUCUCUGACGCCGCAGACCUGGCAAAGAACGUGCCCAUCGCAACAUACCAGGUCAGUGGCGAGUUCGCCAUGAUCCAUGCCGCGGCCGAGAAGGGGGUUUUCGACCUCAAGGAGAUGGCGAUGCAGACUUUGGAUGGCAUCCUGAGGGCUGGGGCUACCAUUGUUUUGAGUUACUUUACGGAGCAGAUCCUGAAUGAGGGGUGGUUGGAUCAGUAG